AUGGAUAAACCGCCGGAGCAUCAACUCGCCGCCCCCAUCGACGAAGAAAAAGCACCCUCCCUCCGGAAACGGCACCUGCUGAGAUGCUGCACCUGCGCCGCCGCCUCGCUCUUCUUCGUAGCCAUACUCGCCAUAGCCCUAGCCUUCACCGUAUUCCGAGUGAGGGGCCCGGUUUUCCUGCUGAACGGCUCCACCGCGAACCUCGACCUCAUCCCCGGCACGCGCCUCCCGCGGCCGGGCUCCAACGCCACCAUACGCGCCGACGUCUCGGUGAGGAACCGGAACUACGCGUCGUUCCGGUACGGGAGCUCGGCGUCGGCGGUGUACUACCGCGGGGCGGCGAUCGGGGAGGCGCGGGCGCCGGCGGGGAAUAUGGCGGCGCGGCGGACGGCGAGGAUGAACGUGACGGUGGUGAUCGUGAUGGACCGGGUGCUGGCGCAGCCGGGUUUCGGGUCGGAUGUGGAGGCGGGUCGGGCGACGAUGAGCUGGCGUGCGCGGAUUGGCGGGAGGAUGAAGUUUUGGUUUAUUAAAAAACACGUGACGAUGAAGAUGAACUGUACGGCCACGGUUGAUGUUGUGAAGAUGGAAGUGGCGGAGUAUAAGUGUAAGCCAAAAAUUAAGCUAUUUAGAUAA